GUUGGUGGCACUAUGGACACCAUGGAGACCAUCGAGGUGGCCUCGGGCCUCUCCAUCGAGCUCAAGCUUUGCGUGGCAGCUAUCGUCGUGCUCGCAACCAUGCUUGUGCUGACAAUGGUGAGUUUCCCUUCCCAGCCCAGAGAGGCAGCCCGACCGCUGCGCACGCGGCACAACGCACGUACUGACGGUGCAGCACGCACACACACCGCACCAGACGCCGUCGACGCACUUUACCACAUUCUAUCGCGCGCGCGCGCCUGACGUGACGUGACGUGACGUGAUAUCGCGCAGGCCGCCCCGAAGAAGGAACAAAAGCUCAUCCCCACCAUCAUGGGCAUGGCCACGGGCAACCCGCCCUACCGCGCGAGCCAAGAACAAGCUUUGCAGGUCGCCGAGAGCUGCCCCGAGUGCACGUCCAUCAAACCGGUCCUCGCGCGCAUCUACGGCAAUUCCAGAAUUGACUACCGCUACAUGGCCGUGCCCGACUUCACGCCGGAGCAGCGCUUGGAGGGCGACGACAACUUCUUCGACGACGACCUGAACUUUCGCAUGCCCGUGGAGAAGAGACUGGACAAGUUUAGGGAGGUCGCCGUGCCGCUCGUGACGGACGUGUGUGCUAGAGCGCUGAAGGACGCCGGCGUGCAAGCUAGCGAGAUCGGGAAGCUUGUGGUUGUUUCUUCCACUGGUUUCUUGGGCCCGGGCCUGGACUGCUCGCUCAUCAAGACCCUCGGACUCGAAAGGAGUGUCGACCGUUCACUCAUCGGCUUCAUGGGCUGCGCGGCGGCCAUGAACGGGUUUCGGGUGGCGAACGACUACGCCGCGUCGCAUCCCGGCAAAUUGGCUCUCAUGGUCUGCGUCGAAAUUUCGUCGGUGCACACGACGUUUGAUGAUAACGUGAAUGAUGCCAUCUUACAUGCGAUCUUCGCGGACGGCUGUGCUGCUGCGGUGAUCAGUGGAGAGAAGCCCGGCUCCGCCAAAGCCAAGGGCAAGUUCGGCAUCGUCGACACGCACGGCUGGCUCAUGGAGGGCACCGAGGACGGCAUCACGCUGUCGAUCAACGAGAACGGCAUCUCGUGCAUCCUGUCCAAAUACCUACCGCAGUACAUCGCCAAGAACAUGGGCGGCUACGUCGAGUCCUUCCUGGGCAUGCACAACCUCCAGAAGAGCGACAUGGACUUCUGGGCCAUCCACCCCGGUGGGAGGCGGAUCAUCGAGGAGGCGCAGAACGGUUUGGGGCUGUCCGAGGAGCAGGCGAAGUACUCCUGGAACGUGCUGUCGAACUACGGCAACAUGCUCUCGCCGUCCGUGAUGUUCGUCCUGGAACUGAUCCUGAACGACCACAAGAAGGCCCUGGCGAAGGGUGAAAGAGGAUUGAAGCAGGGCAUCGCGUUCUCGUUUAGCCCCGGCGUCGGCGCCGAGGGCGUCCUCAUCAAGGUCAUGUAG